UCAAAAUUUGGCUUUCAUUGUUGAGACCCAAAAGUCCAAAACCCUAGCCGAAUCCCUCAUUUUCUAAUCACUCCCUCGUUUCCUUUUCAACAAGCUCACACUCACAUUUCGUCCACCGUUCGUCACUCUCGCAUUUCGUACACCGUUCGCCACUCUCGCAUUUUGUCUCACCGUUCGCCACUCUCGCAUUUCGUGUCACCGUUCGCCACUCUCGCAUUUCGUGUCACCGUUCGCCACUCUCGCAUUUCGUCUCACCGUUCGUCACUCUCGCAGUCACCGUUUCUUUCAGGUGACUACAUCUGAGUUUGCAUAAUUAUGGCAAUCGAUAGAAUAUUUAAAGAUGAAGCCAGUGAAGAGAAAGGAGAGCGAGCCAGAAUGUCAUCUUUUGUUGGAGCCAUGGCUAUUGCUGAUUUGGUGAAGACUACUUUGGGGCCAAAAGGAAUGGAUAAAAUUUUGCAGUCAACAGGUAGAGGACGUGAAGUUACUGUCACUAAUGACGGUGCCACAAUCUUGAAGUCCCUUCACAUUGAUAACCCAGCUGCUAAAGUGCUCGUGGACAUAUCAAAAGUUCAAGAUGAUGAAGUUGGCGAUGGAACAACAUCUGUUGUUGUAUUGGCCGGGGAACUAUUAAGGGAGGCAGAAAAGCUGGUUGCAGCUAAAAUUCAUCCAAUGACUAUAAUAGCAGGUUUCCGAAUGGCAGUUGAGUGUGCUCGUAACGCAUUGUUAGAGAAGGUUGUGGAUAACAAAGGAGAUACUGAGAAAUUCAGGUCAGACUUGAUGAACAUAGCAAGGACUACUUUGAGCUCCAAAAUUCUCUCACAAGACAAGGAGCACUUUGCAAAAUUAGCUGUAGAUGCUGUAAUGAGACUAAAGGGAAGCACCAAUCUAGAAUCUAUCCAGAUUAUAAAGAAACCUGGAGGAUCACUAAUAGACUCAUUUUUAGAUGAAGGCUUUAUUCUUGACAAGAAAAUUGGUAUUGGACAACCAAAGCGCAUUGAGAAGGCAAAGAUUCUUGUUGCAAACACUGCCAUGGACACAGACAAAGUUAAGAUAUAUGGUGCCCGUGUUCGCGUCGACUCUAUGGCUAAAGUUGCCGAAAUCGAAGGAGCUGAGAAGGAUAAAAUGAGAGAAAAGGUGGAGAAGAUAAUAGGUCAUGGCAUCAAUUGCUUUGUUAACAGACAAUUGAUUUACAAUUUUCCAGAGGAGCUCUUUGCUGAUGCAGGAGUAUUGGCUAUUGAGCAUGCUGAUUUUGAUGGUAUUGAGCGUCUGGCUCUUGUCACUGGUGGUGAAAUUGCUUCAACCUUUGACAACCCUGAGUCUGUUAAGCUUGGCCACUGUGACCUUAUCGAGGAAAUUAUGAUUGGUGAGGAUAAAUUGAUUAAAUUUUCUGGUGUUGCAAUGGGGCAGGCAUGCACAAUAGUUCUGAGAGGUGCUAGCCACCACGUUCUUGAUGAGGCUGAGAGGUCAUUGCAUGAUGCCUUGUGUGUGCUAUCUCAGACUGUCAAUGACAGUAGAGUGUUGCUUGGAGGUGGGUGGCCUGAGAUGGUGAUGGCAAAGGAGGUGGAUGCAUUGGCUAGGAAAACACCGGGAAAGAAGUCUCUUGCUAUGGAGGCAUUCUCCCGGGCACUCUUGGCUAUUCCAACAAUUAUUGCUGAUAAUGCUGGUUUAGACAGUGCUGAGUUGAUUUCUCAGCUCCGUGCAGAGCACCAGACAGAGGGAUGUACUGCUGGAAUUGAUGUUAUCUCUGGUUCUGUUGGAGACAUGGCUGAACGUGGUAUUUGUGAAGCUUUCAAAGUCAAAAACGCUGUAUUGCUAUCUGCAACAGAGGCAGCUGAGAUGAUCCUUAGAGUCGACGAAAUCAUAACUUGUGCUCCAAGGAGGAGAGAAGACAGAAUGUAAAAUCUUGUGAGCGUCCAACUUCAGACAUUGUGUUGUGAUAUUGAUAUGGUGUGUGAUUACAAGAACUGGUUACAAUGCCUAAAAUUGGUACCUAAAUUUUGAUGCGGUGGUGAGGGUAUGUGGUUUCAGAUGGGUAUUACAUGAUGUUGGUGAAGAAGUUUUACUGAGAACCUUUCACUUCUUAUCACUGCAAUUCAGAGUUUUGUUUAAAUCUUAAUUCUGACAUGAUUAAUUUUUUAAAAGGUAAAUUUUGAUGUGGUGGUGGGGGUAUGUGGUUUCAGAUGGAUAUGUAUGGUUUUUGUGAAGAAACUAGUGUUUAACCCGCAAAAUUAUCUUUGAUGAAGCUAUAUGUUAGAUUAUUGCACAA